CUAAGUAUCAAUCAAUUAAACACAUGAACAUAGAAUUGAUUGCAUGAACACUAUACCGCAAAACUAACCAACCAAACCAAAUAAAAACUAAAUUAACAAAUAAACAUUAUGAAUGAAAUAAAAAAACAAAUUUGAUCUGUCUGCUGCAGAAAUAUACUGAAUACAAAUGCGGUCGAUUAUUUUACGUAACUCGGUUUUAAUUAAUGAUGUGAUAAGAAUUGUGAAGCGGCCAUGUAGUAAUUCAAAAUUAUUUUUAAUCCAAGUUUCACAUUUAUUCUCAAGACCUACAGCUUCUGAAGUUCUCACAGCAUAUCUCUUGCAAUGCAAUGAACCACCAUGGACUUCGUAUUUCGUUAAGUACAGUAGUGUGAAAGAUGACCAGUUUGGGAUGUCAAACUUCAAUUGGAAAGUGGGUAACUCCAACUAUCAAAUAUUAAGGACAGGCUGCUUUCCCUAUAUCAAAUACCACUGCUCAAGGAAGAAAGCGGAAGAUUUAGGGGUGUCUGACAAGUUUAUGAGGACAAUCAAAGUUUUAAAUUUAGGUAUUCCUUGUCUGCUAUAUGGACUUGCAGCAACACAACUAAUCAGGCACAGAGAAAUAGUUCACACAACUAAAGGUCCAGUGACCAUCUACUUUUUGUUACCAGAACAUAAAGGGUCACAUUAUUAGAAAAUGCAACUUGUCUGUAAUAAGGCUAAUAUUUAUUAUAUAGACCAAAAUGAAGAGAAAAUCGAAGUAGAUAAUGUAAUUAUUUUGUGAAUAAGUAAAUAAAAUUUUUAUAUAGUA